GCGCCUGCGCACUACUGUCGCUCCUGUCGCCACGGUGAGAGGAGUGGAUGCGAUGGCCGGGCCGGCGUGGAUCUCUAAGGUCUCUCGGCUGCUGGGGGCAUUUCACAACCCGAAACAGGUGACCAGAGGUUUUGCUGGUGGUGUUAAGACAGUAACUUUAAUUCCAGGAGAUGGUAUUGGCCCAGAAAUUUCAGCUUCAGUUAUGAAGAUUUUUGAUGCUGCAAAAGCACCUAUUCAGUGGGAGGAGCGGAAUGUCACUGCUAUUCAAGGACCAGGAGGAAAGUGGACGAUCCCUCCAGAAGCCAAAGAGUCCAUGGAUAAGAAUAAGAUGGGCUUGAAAGGUCCUUUAAAGACCCCGAUAGCAGCUGGUCACCCAUCUAUGAAUUUAUUGCUGCGUAAAACAUUUGACCUUUAUGCAAAUGUCCGACCUUGUGUCUCCAUUGAAGGCUACAAAACCCCUUACACCGAUGUAAAUAUUGUCACCAUUCGAGAGAACACAGAAGGAGAAUAUAGUGGAAUUGAGCAUGUGAUCGUUGACGGAGUUGUGCAAAGUAUUAAGCUCAUCACCGAGGAGGCGAGCAAGCGCAUUGCUGAGUUUGCCUUUGAGUAUGCCCGGAACAAUCACCGGAGCAACGUCACAGCUGUGCACAAAGCCAACAUCAUGCGGAUGUCAGAUGGGCUUUUUCUGCAAAAAUGCAGGGAAGUUGCAGAAAACUGUAAAGAUAUUAAAUUUAAUGAGAUGUACCUCGAUACAGUAUGUUUGAAUAUGGUACAAGAUCCGUCCCAAUUUGAUGUUCUUGUUAUGCCAAAUUUGUAUGGAGACAUCCUUAGUGACUUGUGUGCAGGAUUGAUUGGCGGUCUUGGUGUGACACCAAGUGGCAACAUUGGAGCCAACGGGGUUGCGAUCUUCGAGUCGGUUCAUGGGACUGCUCCGGAUAUCGCAGGCAAGGACAUGGCCAAUCCCACCGCCCUCCUGCUCAGUGCCGUGAUGAUGCUGCGCCACAUGGGACUUGUUGACCACGCUGCAAGAAUUGAGGCCGCGUGUUUUGCUACAAUUAAGGAUGGAAAGAGUUUAACAAAAGAUCUGGGAGGCAAUGCAAAAUGCUCAGACUUCACAGAAGAAAUCUGUCGCCGAGUAAAAGAUUUAGAUUAAUGCUUCUACAAAUGGUAUUUGCAUCAGUCACUUUUAAUGGACACCACAUAAACCUCUAUUUAGAAAACCUACCAUUAUGUAUGCAUUUGGUUUGCUUGUUUCUUGACAGAGUACAUUUUUAGAUCUGGCCUUUUCUUAAUGAAAUCUGUGCAAAGGAUGCAGAUGAUAUCCGUAUACCUGCUUUCAAAAGACUUUUUCCAAGUGCUUGUUUUAUUUAUUAAAUGUCUAUCUGGUAAACUUUUUUUGUAAACCCUAAGUGGACUGUAUCAUUUGCAUUGUUAGCCAUUUUAUACUUCAGUUAAAAUAGUUUUCCUCAGUUGUAAAUAUCAUGAUCCAGAGUUAAUAAGAGGAAACAUCUAAUUUUUUAAAGACAAACACUGUUCUCCUUGGUUUAUGAAAAAUCAUAAUGGAAAUAAAAUAGAAUAUUGACAUAAUAGCACAAGAUGACAUUAUUAUAAAACUAAACGGGCACAAGAGAAAUUUCCUGGGAAAGUUUACAUCAAAAACAGUGAAUAUGGUAUAUUUCUUAGUGAUACGGAAAAUAAAGACAGAUUUGUCCUUUAUAUGAAUUACUGAAUAUGAAUAAAAACUUUAAAUCCAGGAAAUAUAUUAUCAGAGAUGUAAUUUUUGUUAAUAAGAUAUAGGUAAUAUAUUGGGUACAAAGACAGAAAUGCAUUAUGUGCUCAAUUAUUUUAUUAUCUCAAGGUUUAAUAUUCUUUGCGAGAACUUUUAGUGAAGCAGAGGGUGGUACUUCCUUUUCACUGCACACAGUUUAAGCAGCAUGAGUUGUCACAGCUUCUGAGCCCCUGUACCGACACCCUGAGUCGAGCCAGGGGAGCUGCCCAUAUCAUGCAUUUGCUCUUGCAUGUCACUGUCUGGACAGGGACCACACCCCAGCUGGUACUGCUGGGGGUGAUACUGCUGUAGGGCCUGAUCACCUGUAUUUGGCUGCAAUUGAGGAACUGGGAUGCUAGCUAUUAAUUUUAUAUUUCAGCUGCCCUUUCCCACCCCCAAAGCACCUAAUCACAUUGCCCCCCGCCUCAACAAUGCCAGUACAAGAAGACACUGCAAAGACCGGAGCUGGUUCAGCCUGAGUUGAGUCACAAAAUUGUACCAUGCUGGGGCUUGGGCUCAGCUUUUGAUUUACAGGUACCUUCUCCCCUGCCCCCCCCCAUCCCCUCCACUACAGCAUGAUUUUUCUUAAUCUUCGACUGAUUAAGAAAAGUCACUAAGUCACUAUUUUCAUGAAUAGUUAGUUACUCUUUGGCCCCACACAAGGCCAACUCAUGUCCUCUCUUGGUCCUUGUGUAACACUGCAGACUUGUGGCUUUGCAUAAUGUGUGUGCCCAGGUCACAAGGGGAUUUCUUAAGUAUCUCUAUCUGGGUCAUUUUUAAGGCUUGUAACCAGACUUACAGUCUUCUAUGUAUUUUACUUUAAGCUGCUGCUUCCUCUGUGUUAUUGGAUUGUGCUCAUUAUCAGUGGCUCUUGGGCUCACAGUAAUAAAGAAUUCCAAAACUGAUUAA